AUGGAAAAUUCAACCGAAUCUGGAAUAUUUUCCGGAAUGUUGCGACAAAUUGCAGCAACUGCGGCUACAAUUGAUGUUACAGAAAUUGUCAAAAAACCAAGGAUUUCACCGAUUGCUUUGAAAGCACAAUGUAAAGAAUAUAAUCGAAAAUCGGUUAAUUUGGAAAAUAAAAUAAAAUGGAUUAAGGAAUUGAAAAAGAACUGCGAACAGGUGAAUUCUUAUAUUUUAACUAUUAAUAUAUAACAAUUAAACGUAUUUAUUUUUCAAAAAUAUAUAAGAAUUCUAGCCAACUGUUGUUGUUCCUCCUCAAACAAACUCACCAUCUGAAAACUCUUCUGAAGAACCAAUCAAAAGAAGAAAUCGAAAACGCCGCACCGUUGAAUAA